GGAGAAAAGGAGCUUUUGUGAAAAGAAAGGGCAAAGAGGAUACAUAUAUAAUAAAUUUUUUAAAUUGUGAUUUUCAUUAUGGGAAUGUUUAAAAAUUAGUACAAUCACCUCAUUUUCACUAUAAUGUGUCAGUGUACUAGUGUUUUUGUGUGCUUUGGUUCUUGAUAGUGGAUGAAUUUGAGUGGAAAAACGAGGAUAGAAAAUUUUGUGUGACAUUCUCUCACUUCCUUGGAAAAGCUCUUCAAUUUGUACCCUCCUCAUACAUAUUGCAAAAAGCUCCGCAGUAUUAAAUAUAUAGUUUAUACUAUUUUUCAUCGUAUUUCUCAUUGGAAUUUUCGUGUUGUCGUGGAAAAGAAGUGAAUUUUCCUCGUCCUUCAUUUUCAUAUUUUUUUAUUCUGUUGGUGAAAGAGAAAAGUGCGUCUAAUGAGGAAGGUAGAGCUGGUUGGUGAAAAAAAAAUGAGUGCACCGUAAAAAAGUGGGUGGAGGAGGUAGAGAGGCGGGCAUAUUGAAGGUUCGCUCCUCCGCGCGCCAGGCUCCUAGCACGGAGAGAACGAAAGGAGAGAGAGUCACAGGAAAUAUAAAAAAAGCCCGAAAGGAAGUUCGCUUUCGUGAUCGGGUCUCGGGCAACAAUCGGUGACUCCUCGUUGCGGACUGCAGUUCAAUUGGUACGUGUGUGCGACACAGAACGGCCCAUUUCGAACUUUUGAGCUUUUCCACUAAACCUCCUUUUUUUUCGUCUCUAAAUUACAUAAUUCCCCAAAAAAAAAGGAUAAUCGAGUCUUUUGUGUGUGCAACACCCGGAAAAUCCCGUCUUUUCCACCUAAAAGCUCCCCACCUGGGAAAAGUGUACGAUACUCGAUGGUCCAACGACCAAAGUGUACGGGUUUUUGGUGUGUGAGCCCAAAUCGAAGGAUUGGAAAAGUUUUGCUGUGUGUGCACCACGGAAAAUUUUCACAUAUUUCACCGCAAGAAAAGUCUUCUUAGUGACGAAAGAAAUUUUCCCAAAACCCCGUGCCACAGCUACACGAUGUGGCUGUGAAAAAGAAAAUAAAAUUCCUUUGUGAUCCAUUUUCCACUUAAUUUUCACCCCCCUUAAAGUGCUACGACCAUUCACAAUAAAAUUCCUAUAAAUAAAUUUUUCAUAAAAGUGCUUAGAGGGGGUAAGGAAUUAAAGCUCUAUAUAACUAAAAAUUAAGAAUUUAAAUAAAAAGAAAAAGCCAAAAAGAAAAUUCUCUAAAAGGGCUGUGGUGCAAUCAUAUGAGAAAACGGUGCAAAAUGCAAAGAAAAAAAAUGUCAAAUUGCAUUUCUGUGAAUAUAUAGUUACACAAAAAAAGAAGAAAAAGUGAGAAAAAAGUGCAAAAAAGCUCCCUCUGUGGUAGAAAGAUAAUGUGGAUCGAUUUGGUAAUAGAUUUUUUGGAUUAUAGGCUCUCGCUGGAUAAGUAUACUGAAAUAGAUCGAGAAUCAAUUCUCCUUUAACCAGCAGUAUUGUGAAAAGAAACUAGUCUCGGAUGUGACAGACAUAGAAAACCAAUGCCUUGGCUUCUGAGGCUCACACCAAUUGGUUGCAUAGACAAUGACUGAAGAUUCCAACUCAUCUUCUGAGGAAGAACGCAGCUUGUUCCGUCCUUUCACCCGUGAAUCAUUGGCUGCAAUCGAAGCACGAAUUGCAGAAGAAACUGCAAAGCUAAAGGAGUUGGAAAAAAAGAGAGCUGAGGGCGAGCCUGUUUAUGGUCGCAAGAAAAAACAGAAGGAAAUUCGAUAUGACGACGAGGAUGAGGAUGAGGGUCCACAACCGGAUCCCACACUCGAACAGGGUGUUCCAAUACCUGUUCGAAUGCAGGGCAGCUUCCCUCCGGAAUUGGCCUCCACCCCUCUCGAGGAUAUUGACAGUUUCUACUCAAAUGUAUUGACAUUCGUAGUGGUUAGCAAAGGCAAGGAUAUAUUUCGAUUUUCAGCAUCAAAAGCAUUAUGGCUUCUCGAUCCCUUCAAUCCAAUUCGCCGUGUUGCAAUUUAUAUACUAGUGCAUCCACUUUUCUCCCUUUUCAUCAUCACAACAAUUUUAUUAAAUUGCGUCCUCAUGAUAAUGCCAACAACACCAACUGUCGAAUCAACAGAGGUAAUAUUUACUGGGAUCUACACAUUUGAAUCGGCAGUUAAAGUGAUGGCACGAGGUUUCAUUUUAUGCCCGUUUACGUAUCUUAGAGAUGCAUGGAAUUGGCUGGACUUCGUAGUAAUAGCUUUAGCUUAUGUGACAAUGGGAAUAGAUUUGGGUAAUCUCGCUGCUCUGAGAACAUUUCGUGUGCUUCGAGCUCUGAAAACGGUAGCAAUUGUUCCAGGACUGAAAACCAUUGUUGGCGCCGUGAUUGAAUCUGUGAAGAAUCUACGGGAUGUAAUUAUUUUAACAAUGUUUUCGUUAUCUGUGUUCGCGCUCAUGGGCUUACAAAUCUACAUGGGUGUUUUAUCGCAAAAGUGUGUUAGGAUAUUUCCAACCGAUGGAUCGUGGGGCAAUAUAACUGAUGAGAAUUGGGAUCGAUUCUAUAAGAAUGAAACCAAUUGGUAUAGGACAGAAGAUGGAGAUAUGCCACUGUGUGGAAAUUCUUCUGGAGCCGGGCAAUGCGAUGAGGGAUAUUUCUGCUUACAAGGAUUCGGCGGAAAUCCUGAUUAUGGAUACACGAGUUUUGAUACAUUUGGUUGGGCUUUUUUAUCUGCCUUUCGGUUAAUGACCCAAGAUUUCUGGGAGAAUUUGUACCAACAAGUUCUACGCUCGGCUGGUCCAUGGCAUAUGCUUUUCUUCAUCGUAAUCAUCUUCUUGGGUUCAUUUUACCUUGUUAAUUUGAUCUUGGCCAUUGUAGCCAUGUCGUAUGAUGAACUCCAGAAGAAGGCAGAAGAAGAAGAAGCAGCGGAGGAAGAAGCAAUGAGAGAAGCUGAGGAGGCGGCAGCUGCUAAACAGGCAAAACUGGAAGAGAGAGCAGCAAAUGCAGCAGCAGCAGCCGAAGCGGCAGAAGCGGCUGAGCACAUGGCAAAGAGUCCAUCGGAUUUUUCAUGCCACAGCUAUGAGUUGUUUGUGGGUCAGGAAAAGGGCAAUGAUGAUAAUAAUAAGGAAAAGAUGUCCAUUAGAAGUGAAGGUUUGGAGUCACUCAGCGAAAUGACGAGGCCUUCUGCUCCGUCGGGCGUCGCGGCGGGCACCGCAAGUGCCAAGGCAUCCCUUUCCCUUCCCGGAUCACCCUUCAACUUGCGUCGUGGAUCGCGUGGAUCGCAUCAGUUCACCAUACGCAGUGGACGUGGACGUUUUGUUAUACCUGGCAAUGAUCGAAAGCCACUCGUACUAUCCACAUAUUUGGAUGCUCAGGAACAUCUACCGUAUGCUGAUGACUCGAAUGCCGUGACACCCAUGUCGGAGGAGAAUGGGGCGAUUAUUGUGCCAGUGUAUUAUACAAAUCUCGGGUCCAGGCACUCCUCGUAUACGUCCCAUCAGUCGCGUAUAUCGUACACGUCACAUGGCGACUUGCUGGGAGGCAUGACAAAGGAGAGCCGCUUAAGGGGAAGAUCACGGAAUAUGAGCCACUGUAUGCCUCCACUGAGUGUCACUGGUGCACAUGUAGAUACAAAUCAUAAGAAUCACAGAGAAUUUGAAGUUCCAACAGACUUCACGGAUGAGGCGCUUAAGGGCAAAAGCCAUGACAAUCCAUUUAUAGAACCUUCGCAACCACAAACAGUAGUUGAUAUGAAAGAUGUGAUGGUACUAAACGACAUCAUCGAACAAGCUGCAGGAAGACACAGCCGAGUUAGUGACCACGGAGACGACGAUGAAGAUGGUCCUACAUUUAAAGAUAAGGCACUCGAAUGUCUCAUGAAGGGCAUCGAUAUAUUCUGCGUGUGGGACUGUUGCUGGCCAUGGUUAAAGUUCCAAGAGUGGGUGGCAUUCCUUGUGUUUGAUCCGUUCGUCGAACUAUUCAUCACACUCUGUAUAGUUGUAAAUACAUUAUUUAUGGCACUUGAUCAUCACGAUAUGGAUAAGGAUAUGGAGAAGGCGUUAAAAAGCGGAAAUUAUUUUUUUACUGCAACAUUCGCAAUAGAAGCCACACUUAAACUUAUAGCCAUGAGUCCAAAAUUUUACUUCCAAGAAGGAUGGAACAUUUUCGACUUUAUAAUUGUAGCAUUAUCACUUUUGGAACUUGGACUGGAAGGUGUUCAAGGCUUAUCUGUGUUAAGAUCAUUUCGUUUGUUGCGAGUUUUUAAACUUGCCAAAUCAUGGCCAACACUUAAUUUACUGAUUUCCAUAAUGGGUCGCACUGUUGGUGCUUUAGGAAACUUAACAUUUGUAUUGUGUAUUAUCAUCUUUAUAUUUGCUGUGAUGGGAAUGCAAUUAUUUGGAAAGAAUUAUACAGAUAACAUGGAUCGCUUCCCAGACGGCGAAAUGCCUCGAUGGAAUUUCACGGAUUUCAUGCAUUCAUUCAUGAUAGUAUUCCGUGUGUUGUGCGGCGAAUGGAUUGAGUCAAUGUGGGAUUGCAUGCUGGUGGGAGAUGUAUCAUGCAUUCCUUUCUUCUUGGCAACAGUAGUAAUUGGGAAUUUAGUCGUUCUCAAUCUUUUCUUAGCCUUGCUUUUGAGCAAUUUCGGAUCGUCAAGUUUAUCAGCACCAACUGCAGACAAUGAUACGAACAAAAUAGCCGAGGCUUUCAAUCGCAUAUCGCGCUUUAUCAACUGGAUCAAGAGGAACAUAGCCAACGCUCUUAAAACCGUGAGAAACAAAUUAACAAAUCAAAUCUCCGAUCAGGCAUCAGGUGAGCGGCCCUGCAAUUGGAUUUGGAAAGAAGGCAAGGGGGUAUGUCGUUGUAUGUCUGCAGAACAUGGUGAUAAAGAGUUUGAAUUGACACUCGACGAUCUGCCAGAUGGGAUGAUCAAGAAGGAUGCGAAGGAGCACAAUCAACUGGAGGUGGCCAUUGGUGAUGGUAUGGAGUUUACAAUCCAUGGCGAUGUCAAGAAUAAUAAAUCCAAAAAGUCAAAAGCCUUAGCCAAUAGCACAAAUAUCAUUGGUAAUUCCAUACUUCAUCAGGAUAAUAAAUUAGAGCAUGAAUUGAACUAUAGAGGAUUGUCCAUUCAAGAUGACGAUACGGCGAGUAUCAAGUCAUAUGGAAGUCACAAAAAUAGACCAUUCAAAGAUGAAAGCCAUAAAGGCAGUGCCGAAACAAUGGAGGGCGAAGAAAAACGUGAUGUUAGCAAAGAAGAUCUAGGCUUAGACGAAGAUGAGGAGGGCGAAGGUGAAGAAGGACCACUAGACGAUGAAUUAGUAAUACAAGCCGAAGAUGCGAUUAUAGAUGAAUAUCCUGCGGAUUGUUGUCCAGAUCCGUGUUACAAAAAAUUCCCCUUCCUAGCUGGUGAUGACGAUUCACCCUUUUGGCAGGGAUGGGGAAAUUUGAGACUGAAGACGUUUCAGCUCAUUGAGAAUAAAUAUUUCGAAACCGCUGUUAUAACAAUGAUUUUGCUAAGUAGUUUAGCUUUGGCUCUCGAAGAUGUGCAUUUGCCGUCAAGACCAAUUUUACAAGAUAUCCUGUAUUAUAUGGAUAGAAUAUUCACCGUAAUAUUUUUUCUUGAGAUGUUAAUCAAAUGGUUAGCGCUUGGUUUUAAGGUUUAUUUCACAAACGCAUGGUGUUGGCUCGAUUUCAUUAUUGUCAUGGUGUCGCUUAUCAACUUUGUGGCUUCACUUUGUGGCGCAGGUGGUAUUCAAGCCUUCAAAACUAUGCGCACACUGAGAGCUCUGAGACCACUCCGUGCCAUGUCCCGAAUGCAGGGCAUGAGGGUUGUCGUCAAUGCAUUAGUACAAGCUAUUCCGUCCAUCUUCAACGUACUGUUAGUGUGUCUGAUAUUUUGGCUAAUUUUUGCAAUUAUGGGAGUCCAAUUAUUCGCUGGCAAAUAUUUUAAAGUAAGUUUUUUUCUUUUCAUUUUGAAUUUUCUCCCAUUUUAUGGAAAAUCUAUUAAAUUAAAAAAUAAUUUUCAGUGUGUUGAUGUAAAUAAGACAACCCUUAGCCAUGAAAUAAUACCCGAUGUGAAUGCUUGCAAAGCUGAAAAUUAUACGUGGGAGAAUUCUAGGAUGAACUUUGAUCAUGUUGGGAAAGCCUAUCUGUGUCUUUUUCAAGUGGCCACCUUCAAGGGCUGGAUCCAAAUUAUGAAUGAUGCCAUUGAUUCUCGCGAGAUUGGCAAACAACCUAUUCGUGAGACAAACAUCUACAUGUAUUUAUACUUUGUAUUCUUCAUUAUUUUUGGAUCAUUUUUCACGCUCAACCUGUUCAUUGGUGUGAUCAUUGAUAAUUUUAAUGAGCAGAAGAAAAAGGCCGGUGGAUCACUUGAGAUGUUCAUGACUGAAGAUCAGAAAAAGUACUACAAUGCAAUGAAAAAGAUGGGCUCCAAGAAGCCACUGAAGGCAAUUCCUCGACCAAGGUGGCGACCACAAGCGAUCGUAUUUGAAAUUGUGACGGAUAAAAAGUUCGACAUGUUCAUUAUGUUAUUUAUCGGACUGAAUAUGCUCACGAUGACCAUGGAUCACUACCAACAGACGGAGACAUUCAGCAAGACACUGGAUUUCCUCAAUAUGAUCUUCAUCGUUAUUUUCUCAAGCGAAUGCUUAUUGAAAAUAUUUGCAUUACGUUACCAUUAUUUCGUGGAGCCGUGGAAUUUAUUCGAUUUUGUAGUCGUCAUUCUAUCUAUAUUAGGACUUGUACUAAGUGAUAUUAUUGAGAAAUAUUUUGUAUCACCGACCCUCCUUCGUGUGGUGCGUGUAGCAAAAGUGGGUCGUGUAUUGCGCCUCGUAAAGGGCGCCAAAGGGAUUAGGACGCUGCUUUUUGCAUUGGCCAUGUCUCUACCAGCCUUAUUCAACAUUUGCUUGCUACUUUUCCUCGUAAUGUUCAUCUUUGCCAUCUUCGGGAUGUCCUUCUUCAUGCACUGCAAGGACAAAAGUGGCUUGGACGAUGUAUAUAACUUUAAAACAUUUGGGCAAAGCAUGAUACUGCUGUUUCAAAUGUCGACGUCAGCCGGCUGGGAUAGUGUCCUCGAUGGUAUUAUCAAUGAGGAAGACUGCGAUGCACCGGACAAUGAUCGCGGAUAUCCGGGCAAUUGUGGCUCAUCGACAAUUGGAAUAACGUAUUUGUUAUCGUAUCUAGUUAUUAGUUUUUUAAUCGUCAUUAACAUGUACAUUGCUGUUAUCUUGGAGAAUUACUCGCAAGCAACAGAAGAUGUCCAGGAAGGUCUCACGGAUGAUGACUACGACAUGUACUAUGAGAUAUGGCAGCAGUUUGAUCCCGAGGGUACGCAGUACAUACGCUACGACCAACUGUCGGACUUUCUGGAUGUGCUGGAGCCACCGUUGCAGAUACACAAGCCAAAUAAGUACAAGAUCAUCUCGAUGGAUAUACCAAUAUGUCGGAAUGACAUGAUGUUCUGCGUCGACAUUCUCGAUGCUCUCACAAAGGAUUUCUUUGCACGCAAAGGGAAUCCCAUUGAGGAGAGCGGGGAAUUGGGGGAGGUUGCUGCGCGACCCGAUGAGGUGGGCUAUGAGCCCGUGUCGUCGACACUCUGGCGUCAGCGUGAGGAGUACUGCGCUAGGUUGAUACAGAAUGCCUGGCGCAAGCACAAGCUGCACAAAGACGACGGGCACGAGGGCACGGGCGAUGAUGAGGACACAGACAAAGAUACUGGAUCAGCGAGCGGCGGCGGUGGCGAGAGUGGAGGCGACGGUGGCGGAGAUAGUGGCGGUGAGAGUGACGCUGGGGCUGGCGGCGGGCAGUCGCCAGGCGAUCCCGGUGGCGACCAGCUGGGCCGCCAGACGGCAGUGCUAGUGGAAAGUGAUGGAUAUGUGACAAAAAAUGGACAUAAAGUGGUAAUUCAUUCCAGAUCACCUAGUAUAACAUCGAGAUCGGCGGAUGUAUGAAAGAGGUUUCGCCCCCUCACUUCGGUUGAGCCGCAGUAGCAUUGACUUUUUAUCCCCCCCUAACACACAACAUUGAAUAACAAACAAAAAAGCAACCUAUUGCGUGAGCGAAUGAGAUUAACGUUUAGCCUGAAUUUGCUAUUAAAAACAAAAAGCAUUUAAAAAAUAAUAAUAAAAAAAACAUUUCUACUUAAAAUAAAAGAGCAAAAAAAAAUAAGAAGCAUGCAAAGAACACUGGAGCAAGAAUUAACAAACAUAUGAUUGAAGAAUUAUCAAAAAAAAAUGCAAAGCAUUAUUUUCAAAAAAAUACAAAAAUUGCAAAAAAAAGGAAUUUGCAGAGAAUGGAAAACAUUAUGUAAACUGCCAUUAACAAAAAAAAAAAUACGGAAAAAUCAGCAAAUUACUAAUAAAAAUAAUAAUCUUAUUAUUACAAAAAAGACAAAGAGAGAAAAACUGUAAUUAUCGAAUAACAUUUGCAUUUUAUCAAAUCAUCUUAAAGUAGUACUUCAAAUAAAAUUUUGGGGCAUAAAUAUUAUUUAUUUAUUAUUAUUGUGAAUAAUUAUGUAUAUGAGAUGAAAAUAAGAUUUCUUAGAUAGCAUUGUCAUUGCAAGAAAAAAGAGCUUUUUGCGCAACA